AUGCCCUCUGUCUAUUCAUUAGUUACACUUUUUUUAGCAUUAUCCAUCAGUUUUACCUCUGGAGAAACAGAAGUACAGUUUAUUGGACAAACUGAAUUUGUGGUUAAUGAGACAAGCACAACAGUUAUACGACUUGUUAUAGAAAGAACAGGAGAACCAGUGAACAUCACAGCGAUUGUAUCGAUUCAUGGUGAAAAUACAGGAGACUUUUUUGAUACAUAUGCAGCAGCAUACAUAACUGAAACAGAAAUGAAUCGGACUGUAUAUAUCUCUGUGUGUGAUGAUGAUCUUCCAGAGGCUGAUGAGACUUUCACAUUUUACUUGACCUUACAGAAGCCAUUUCCAGGAGUAAAGCUUGGUUCGUCCAGAACUGUAACAGUAACGAUUUUAUCAAAUGACAAUGCUUUUGGAAUUAUUUCUUUCAAUAUGCCUGUCUUGAUCACACUGAAUGAGCCCAGGCAUGGGAAUGAAUCUGUACCUCUUAUUCUGAUUAGGGAGAAGGGAACUUAUGGAACUGUGACUGUGAUUUAUGAGGUAGAAGGUGCUCCAGAUAACCCUGAAGAAGACUUGAGCCCAGUAAGAGGGAAUAUUACCUUUCCUCCUGGCACAGCUUGGUUGAUUUAUAACUUGUUUGUUCUUGAUGAUCAGAUACCAGAAAAUGAUGAGAGAUUUAUUAUUCAUCUGAAAAGUGUAGAAGGAGGAGCAGAAAUCAACAUAUCAAAAAAAUCUGUUGAAAUUUUUAUUAAGAAAAAUGAUAGCCCUGUGCGAUUUACCCAAGGUGUUUAUAUGGUACAUGAAGAGGAUGAUAUAAUAACAAUUCCACUUGUUCGGGGUAAAGAAGAUGGUGGAAACAUAAUUGGGCCUGAUGAAUAUGAGGUCUCUAUCUGCUACAUCAUUGUAACUGGAAAUUCAACAACACAUGCACAGAUUAAUUUAGACUUUCUAGAUCUACAGCCAAAUACAACUGUUGUUUUUCCUCCUCUAAUACAUGAAACAUCUAUAAAAUUCAAAAUCCUUGAUGAUGCCAUACCAGAAAUUGCUGAGACAUUUCAUAUUGUGCUGCUUAAGGACACUUUGCAGGGAGAUGCUGUUUUAACAAAUCCUUCUGUUGUUCAAGUAACCAUUAAACCCAAUGAUAAACCUUAUGGAGUACUAUCCAUCAACAGUAUUUUGUUUACCCGGACAGUUAUUAUUGAUGAAGAUCAAAUGUUAAGGUAUGAAGGUAUUACUAUUGUAAGGAACGGUGGAACACAUGGAAAUAUUUCAGUAGCCUGGAUUAUAACCCGCAACAGCAGUGAUCCUUCACCUGUGACUACAGAUAUCACUCCAGAAUCAGGAAUAUUACAUUUUGAUCAAGGGCAGAUGUUAGCACCACUUUCUCUAAAUAUAAUUAAUGAUGAUAUCCCUGAAGAAGCAGAACCGUAUCUGCUUAGAAUUCUGGCUCAUACAAUACAAGGGGGAGCAGAAGUGAGUGAACCAGCCGAGCUUGAAAAAGUUGAACUGCUGAAUAUUAUUCCUCUAGUUCGAUCUGUAAGUCCAAGACUAGGUGAUAUUCAAAACAUCUCCUUGAGAAUUACCCCUGAGAUUGCAAAUGGAGAAAUUGGUUUUAUCAGCAAUCUUCCAAUAAUUUUACAUGAGCCAGAGGAUUCUAUUACUACAGUAGUCUCUAUUGCCUUGCAUCGAGAUGGAACAGAUGGACAAGCCACUGUGUUCUGGAGCCUGAAACCUUCUGGACUCAAUGCAAAAGCAGUAACAAUGGAUGAUAUAAGCCCAUUCUCUGGUUUUGUUGUGUUCUUGUCUGGACAAAGUGACACAGAAAUCAACAUCACCGUCAAAGCUGAUGAUAGCCCUGAAAUGAAUGAGACUCUGAUGUUAUCACUAGACAGGGUUAGUGUCAAAAAUCAGAUCUUGAAAUCUGGAUUUACAAGCCGUGAAUUGAUUAUUGUAGAAAAUGAUGAUCCUGGGGGAGUGUUUGAGUUUUCAUCUUCUUCCAGAGGACCCUACAGGAUAAACGAAGGAGAGUCUGUUGAACUCCAUAUUGUCCGCUCCAGGGGAACUCUUAUCAAGCAGUUUCUACGCUACACUGUAGAGCCAAGAGAUGGCAAUGAGUUCUAUGGAAGUACAGGAAUCCUAGAGUUUAAACCAGGGGAAAGGGAAAUUAAACUUACUUUGCUAACAAGGAUGGAUGGCAUUCCAGAGCUGGAUGAAUUUUACUUGGUGGUACUCAGUGGCCAUGGUGAACUGCCAAGUAAGCUGGGGAAUGCCACGAGAGUCAGCAUAACUAUUCUGAAGAAUGAUGAUCCACAUGGAAUAAUUGAGUUUGUUGAGGAAGGACUGACAGUAACUAUAAAUGAAAGUAAAGGGGGAGACAUCUGUGCUGCUGUGUUCAGUAUUAUACGAAAUCAAGGGACCUUUGGUAAUGUGACUGUGUCCUGGGCAAUUCAUCCAGUUUCUACAAAAGACAUCUACCCAGAGCAAGGAACAGUUUUCUUUGGAAAUGAGGAAUUUUCAAAAAAUAUCACUGUGUAUUCAUUGCCUGAUGAGGUACCUGAAGAAAUGGAAGUAUUCAUCGUUAAUCUUUUCAAUACUACAGGGGAUGCAAGAAUGGGAAAUAGAACCACUGCAGUCCUGCAGAUCACCAAAAAUGAUGAUCCAAUUUAUUUUGAUGAUCCUGUUAUUGUGAAGGUCCAAGAAGGUGGCGUUGCUAAUUUUGUAGUAAUAAGGAAUGGCUCUGCUGCUCCUGCUGCUUCGGUUAUGUAUACAGCUGUUAACGGAGGAGCCAGUGCUGAAGAGGAAGACUUCAUUUUUAGUGAACAGAGUGGAAUGCUUUUCUUUGAUGUUGGGAAAAGAGAACAGAAUAUAACCCUCUUUAUCAAUGAUGAUGAUAUCCCUGAAUCUGAUGAGACUUUUUACAUCAUUCUCUUCAACUCUACAGGAGACACGGUAGUCUAUGGAUCUGGCAUGGCAGCAGUAAUUAUUGAAGCUAAUGAUGACCCAAAUGGCAUUUUUUCAUUGGAAUCUACAGUCAAAGUCGUCGAAGAAGGCAAAACCAAUAAUUUUUUGAUUCUGAGGCAUAGAGGUUACUUUGGGAAUGUUUCCUUGACCUGGCAGUUGUUUGAGAAUGGUUCUGCUCUGGACCCAGGAGAAGAGUUUCAUGAAGUGUCUGGAAUUGUAUGGUUCAGAGAUGGUGAAGGAUCAAAGCCCAUCACUCUUCAUGCUAUAUCAGAUAAAAUUCCAGAAUUCAAUGAAUUUUACAUACUUAAGCUAGUGAAUGCUACAGGUGGGUAUCCAGGUCCUGGUGGCCACUUAUCAGAAACCAACCUUACAGUGACAGUGAUGGUCCCAUUUAAUGAUGACCCCUUUGGAGUUUUCAUCGUAGAUCCUGAGAGCCAGGAGAGGGAGAUAUCUGAAGAUGUUAUUUCUGAAGAUGAUAUGUCUGAUGUUACCAACUUUACAAUAUGGAGGCAGCAGGGAACUUUUGGAGAUGUCCGAGUUGGCUGGGAAAUACUGUCUGGUACAUUCAGGGAAGGGUUGCCUCUGAUGAUUGAUUGCUUGUUGCUGGGAAAGUUUUCAAGUUCAGUGCAGUCACAGCCUCACAUGCGGCGGCGUCACACUGGAACAGAUGCUUUGUAUUUUAGUGGUGAAGAGGAUGCAUUUGGGGUCAUGGAGCCUGAGUUCCACAUCAGUAAGAACAGAACACUUGCCAACUUCACAUUUUCAGUCUGGGUAAUUCCUAGUGCCAAGAGUGAUGGAUUUGUAAUCUCAAAGGACAAUGGAAAUGGAACCAUGUAUUAUGGAGUGAAAAUCCACACAAAUGAAUCCCAUAUUUCUUUAAAACUUUAUUACACACCACUGCAGUCUAAUGUAACAUUUGUGGCAAAGAUCACAGUCAUGAAAAAUUUGGAUGAAAAUACUUGGCUGCACCUUCUGCUCACACUGGAUGAUGGCAUAAUUGAGUUCUUCAUUGAUGGAAAUCUGGUACCUGGAGGCAUUAAGAGCCUCAAAGGAGAAGCAAUUGCUGAUGGACCCGGGAUAACAAGAGUUGGUGCUGGUAUAAAUGGUGGUAGCAGGUACAAAGGACUGAUCCAAGACAUGAGAUUUUAUGAACGCAAAUUGACCAAGGAAGAAAUCUAUGAGCUCCAUGCCACACCAGCAAGGACUGAUUUGCACCCCAUCUCUGGGUACUUAGAAUAUCGACAGGGAGAAACCAAUAAGUCAUUCAUUGUUUCUGCCAGAAACGACAAUGAGGAAGAAGGAGAGGAGGUGUUCAUCCUUAAGCUUGUUUCUGUUCAUGGGGGAGCACGCAUUUCACAUGAAAACACAACUGUAGUAUUAAGAAUCCAGAAGAGUGAUAAUGCCAAUGGUCUGUUUGGUUUCACAGGAGCAUGUAUUCCUGAGGUGUCUGAGGAGGGUUCCACUGUAUCUUGUGUAAUUGAACGCACCAGAGGAGCUCUGGACUAUGUUUUUGUGCAUUACAGUAUCUCUCAGAUCGAUUCUGAGGGAGGUAAUUUCUUUGUUGCUGAUUUUGCAAACAGCAGUGGAAUAAUCACUUUCCGUCCAAUGGAGAGAUCAGAGGUUUUGAAUUUGAUUGUUCUUGAUGAUGAUAUCCCUGAGCUGAAUGAAUAUUUUCAGGUGACUUUAGUGUCUGCUCUUCCCAGAGAUGGAAAAAUAGGCUCAACCCCAACUAGUGGAGCAAGCAUAGAUCCUGAGAAAGAAACAACCUACAUCACCAUCAAAGCCAGUGACCAUCCUUAUGGCUUGAUUCAGUUCUCUGUGGGGCAGCCUCCACCAGACAGUGAUGAGAUCAUUCUGCCAGCCACCACAGCACUCCGCAUCACUGUAAAGGAAGAAAUAGGACAUGUCAGCUUGCUUGUCAUUCGUGCACAAGGCCUACUUGGAAGGGUUCUGGUACAAUACAGAACAGUCUCACUAACAGCAUUCAGUCCUCAAGAUUAUCAGGGUAUUGCAGACACCUUGGAAUUUCUGCCAGGAGAAAGAUACAAAUACAUCAUCAUUAACAUUACAGAUAAUUCUAUCCCUGAGCUGGAAAAAGCUUUUAAAGUAGAGUUGCUGAACCCAAAUGGAAAAGUUGGUGAACUCUUUAGUGAUGGCAGUGGUAGUGGUGAUGGGAACUCGGAGUUCUUCCUUCCUGCUGUCCAUCAACAUGCCAGCUUGGGAAUAGCUUCUCACAUCAUAGUGACAAUUGAGGCCUCCGAUGAUGCUCACGGCAUGUUUGAGUUCAGUGCUGAAUCUCUCUCUGUCAAUGGAACCGAACCUGAAGAUGGAGGUGGAACAGUUACACUUAAGGUUGUCAGAAAUCAUGGUGCUUUGUCCCAAGUGACUUUGCAGUGGCUCAUAGUGCCUGAAGAUACUACGGAUCUAGUUGCUACCUCUGGCAGUAUAAGUUUCAAUAUAGAGCAAAGAAUAGCAAAUUUAGUAGUGCAGGUCUUGCAUGAUGAUGUUCCAGAACUAGACAAGACUUUCUCAGUUUGGAUCAUCAAUGUUUCCUGUGGACGUCUUGGACUUUACACUAAUGCUACACUGACAGUUCUUGCUAAUGAUGACCCCUAUGGACUUUUGAUAUUCUCUGAGAAAAACAGACCAAUCAGAGUUGAGGAAGAAACCAAGAACAUCACCCUUAAAAUAGUGAGGUUAAAAGGCCUGUUGGGAGUAGUCAAAGUUACAUACAGAACUGUGGGUGAUGAGGAUAUGUCACGCUACCUGCCAUCGAAUGCUGCCAGAGCAACCUGGGAACAAGAUUACAUACCCAUUUCUGGAUCUGUAAUUUUUGCAGCCAAUGAAAGUGAGGCCACCAUAGAGCUCCCCAUUCUAGAUGACAGUGAACCAGAGAUAUCAGAGUCUGUGUUUGUGGAGCUGCUUGAUGUUACCUUGGUAGAAGGAGCCCAGUAUCGGCCAAUUUCUAAUUCUCCUCACCUUGGACCAAAAAGUGACACAAUUGCUCAUGUGAUUAUCGAUGCCAAUGAUGAUGCUUUUGGAACACUGCAGCUCUCAACACCAGUUGUGCGAGUUGCUGAAAAUUACAUUGGACCAAUCAUCAAUGUCACAAGAACUGGGGGACUUUUUUCUGAUGUUUCGGUGAAAUUUAAAGCAGUGCCAAUAACUGCAACUGCUGGUGAAGACUACAGUGUAGCCUCAUCAGAUGUUCUCUUACUAGAAGGAGAGACCAGUAAAGCUGUGCCAAUUUAUAUCAUAAAUGAUAUCAACCCUGAGGUUGAAGAGUCCUUGCUUGUGCAGCUCCUCAAUCAGACAACAGGGGGAGCAUCAGUUGGAGGCCUAACUCAGGCAGUUAUAACCAUUGAGGCCUCUGAUGAUCCAUAUGGAUCCUUUGUCUUCCAGGUGACUGAAGUCAUGGUUGAGGAGCCUGAGUCUAACACUGUGAUGAUAGAACUGCCAAUAAUUCGCAAUGCUGGAACACUUGGCAAUGUGAUGGUUGAAUGGGUUGCUACCAUUAAUGGGCAGCGUGCUACCAGUGAUUUGCAGGACUCCUCGGGUAACAUUCAUUUUUUGCCUGGGGAAACCAUGCAGAAGUUAACAUUAAAGAUCCUGGCUGAUGAUGUUCCAGAAAUUCAAGAGAUUAUCAGAGUGGAAUUAAGUCAGGCCUCCGAUGGAGGUACCAUUGGGCCAGAUAGAGUGGCAAAUGUUAUCAUUCCCGCCAAUGACAAACCAUACGGCACAGUCUGCUUUUAUCAUUCCAUGUACCGAGUUCAAGAACCACUGGAUAGAAGCUCAGUUGCAAACAUAACAGUGAUGAGAAGUGGUGGAAGAUUUGGUCAGCUACAGCUUUUCUACAGCACUUCUGAAGUUGAUGUUGUGACUCUUGCAGUAAAACAAGGCUUGGAUGUACUGUCCUAUUAUGAAGCACCUGUGCAAGGAGCUCCUGACCCAACACAACUGAUUAAAGUGAAUGUUUCCUUAACAAGGGAUUCACUGUACACAUGUGCAACUCUGUGCCUGAAAGAACACGCAUGUUCAGCCUUUUCCUUUUCCAGUGCCUUUGGAUCAUGCUUUUGGGCAGCAGUGUUGAGUGGCCCAUUAACCAACAAUUCAGGAUUCUGGACCUACAAGAAAAAUCUUACCUCUGUAUCCACACUCUUCAGUACACAAGCAGUUGCUAAUAGUGACUAUGGAUCUGUUAUGAACCAGCGGGUGAUAAUGGCAGAACUUGCAGAGUUUGUGAAUCUCACAGUUAACAUACUUCCUGAUGAUUUUCCUGAACUGGAUGAGAAAUUUAUUGUAUCUCUGUUAAAAGUUGAACUGAUGAACAUCACUGCCAGUGCUGAAAAUCAGCCAACCAUAGUACAGCCAAAUACCACUACCGUUGUCAUACUAAUGAAUGGGGAUGCCUUUGGUGUGUUUGUGAUCUACAGCAUCUGUCCUAAUACAACUGACAAUGGUCUUUAUGUAGAAGUUCAAGAAUGGCCUCUGAACACUGUGCAGUUGGUGAUACAUAGAACAGAUGGUAGCUUGGGACAGGUUUUAGUGGAGUGGAGCAUAACUGGUGGCACAGCUAGCCCAAAUCUGGAUUUCAUAGGGGAAGGAGAUAUCCUGAUUUUUGCUGAAGGUGAAACAAAGAAGGAGAUAACACUGACCAUUUUAGAUGAUUCUGAACCAGAGGAUGAUGAAAGCAUUAUAAUCAGUUUGACGCAUACUGAAGGUGGUAGUCGUAUUCUCCCUAGCUCUGACACUGUCAUGAUAGUUAUUCUGGCCAAUGACAACGUGGCAGGAGUUCUUAGCUUUCAGACAGCCUCAAGAUCUGUUAUUGGACAUGAAGGAGAACUGUUGCAGUUUCAUGUCCUAAGGACUGCCCCAGGAGCUGGAAAUUGCACUGUAGACUGGAAAAUUGUUGGUCACCAUGCAGAACAAAACUUUGAAAAUGUUUCUGGUGUGAUCUUUUUUCUGGAGGGAUCAUUGAAUGCAACAUUUUAUGUUCAUCUGCUAGAUGACCAUAUCCCAGAAGAAAAGGAAGAAUAUCAAGUAAUCCUGCAUAACGUUAGAACUCAAGGAGUUAGUUCUGCUGGAGCUGCUGUGCUAGACAACCAAGGUUAUGAAGCCGUUUUGACAGUAGAGGCUAGUGAUGAACCACACGGAGUUCUGAAUUUUGCUUCUUCAUCUAGAGUUGUUUUGGUCCAAGAAGAAAAUAAAACUGUUCAGCUUUUUAUUAACAGAGAAUUUGGAUCGUUAGGUAUUAUCAAUGUCACCUAUGCAACAGUCCCAGGAUUGCUUGGUUUAAGGAAUCAGACAGAAAUGAUGUUGGCUGAACCAGGAGGUGACUACAUAGCACUGAUGGGAUCACUGCUUUUAGGAGAAGGUGAAACCUCAGCUACCAUUAAUGUUACUAUUCUAGAGGAUGAUGUGCCAGAGAUGCAAGAAUUCUUCCUGGUUAAUUUAACAUCUGUUGAACUCAUCAUAAAUCCUUUGACAUCUGUUCCUCCCAGACUUGAUAUAGGUGGCUCGACAGCGCAGAUUAUUAUUGAUGCUAAUGAUGGUGCAAGAGGAGUAAUUGGCUGGCAAACAACAAAUUUUGAAAUAAAUGAACUAAAUGAAAGUUUGACAUUAGUGGCAUUUCGAGAUAGAGGAUCUUAUGGGAAUGUGUCAUUGUUCUUGUAUGCUCAGAAUCUGGAAGCACAGCUGGGGCUGGAUUUUAACAUUGCCUCAAGGACUCUUUUCUUUGCUGAUGGUGAAAGGUAUAAAUAUGUUGAUAUUAUGAUUUUUGAUGAUGAGAUCCCUGAAGGGGAUGAGAGAUUCCAGCUAAUUUUAACGAACCCAUCCCUUGGACUGGAGUUAGGAGAAAACACAACGGCCACAGUUACUAUUCUGACGAAUGAUGAUGGGCAUGGAGUUUUGUCUUUCAACAACAGUGAGCAUUUCUUUCUAAGGGAGCAGUCAGCACUCCAACUGAUGGAAAGUGUUGCAGUGCUAACCAUUAUCAGGGAACCUCCUCAGGGGAUAUUUGGAACUGUGACCGUGCAGUAUCUUGUGCACGAGAUAAACUCUUCUGAAGCAUCUGUAGAUUUGACCCCAUCACAAGGCUAUAUUGUCCUAGAAGAGGGAGUCAGAUUGAAGACUUUGCAUAUUUCUGCCAUAUUAGAUGCUGAACCAGAAAUGGAUGAGCAUUUCAUUGUUACUCUGUUCAGUCCAACUGGAGGAGCCAAGAUAGGCACCAGGCUAGAAACAUUUAUCACAGUGUUACAAAACCAGGCUCCAUUGGGGCUUUUCCGUAUCUACCCCAUUUCAAAUAGGACAAAUUCCGUCAUAAUUGAAGAAGCGAAUGCUACAGUCUACCUGGAAGUAUCCCGCAGCAAUGGGCUCAACACAUCAGUGAGUGUGGAAUGGGAAACACUAUCAGAUACUGCAUUUGGGAUAAAGGGUGGAAUAAGUGUGCUGUCCAUCUUACAAAGUUUUAUGGAAGAACCAAUAUCUAGCUGGUGUUUUUUUACAUCAGGAGAAUCUAUAUAUGGCAUACUGCUGAGAACACAUCCAGCUGUACAUUCUUCAAUAUACCAGUGGCGAGGUGUUUUUGUUCCUGUUGAGGAUUUUAAUAUUCAAAGUCCUCAGCGCUGCAUGGCAUUUCAGAUUGAUGGCUUCUCCUAUAUAGUGAUUACUCACGGUGGAACAAAGCAAACCAGACCUUCUAACAACACUGUGUACUCUUUCACCACUGAAAUUCCAUUACUACAGAUACAGGACAUCUUGGUCCCAGACAGCAGUGAUAUAGAGUACUUCAGUUUGGGCCAAAAUCACUACUUGAUAAUUGCCAGUUGCGUGACUGAAUCUCUCCAGAUCUUCCUCUGGAAUAAUGGCAUCUUUGUAUUACAUCAUGAACUCUUCGUGAAUGGUGCUCUAGAUGUGGCUCUGUUUCCCAGGGGAGGCACUCUUUAUCUUGUAGUUGUGCCAUCAGAUUCCAGCCAAAACUCUCUUUUAUAUGAAUGGUCAGACAACAAAUUUAGAAAGUUUCAUGAAGUGCCAGUCAGUGGAAUAACACGAGUGAAAGCCUUGACUUCUGAAUCCGACAUCUACUUAAUUUUUGCAAAAGGUAUUCAUAUAGGGACCAGCGACACAUGUGAAAUUUUUGUCUGGGAGACAGGGCAAUCUUCCUUCAGGCAUUUUCAAUCUCUUUCCAUCAAAGCUGUAAAUGAAAUCCAUACUUUUCUCCCACCCUCAGGGUUAGUUCAUGUGCUUUUUGCUUGCAAGGAUAAGUCAGCUCUUUAUUCUUGGAAUUCAGAAAUAAAUCGAUUCUCUCAAGUACUAGAGGCCCCUUCUGCCAGUCAUUUCACCACUGUCAAUGUAGGAUCACUUAAUUUCAACAAAACCUUAAUUGUUCUGUCUGGAGAUUUCUACUCCUAUAUUUAUGAGCUGACUGCUGUUUCCAACCAAUCAGAUUUUAUACCUAGUUCAGGUGAACUGAUAUUUGAACCUGGAGACAAGGAAGUUGUGGUGGCAAUUAAUAUCUUUGAUGACACAAUCCCAGAGGAAGAAGAAUUUUUUCAAGUAUGGCUGAAAAACCCAAAAGGUGGUGCAGAAAUUGGUGCUAAUGGUUAUGUUACCAUAAUUAUUCCCUCUAAUGAUGAUGCUCAUGGCAUUGUUGCAUUUGCCCAGAAUUCUCUAUUUAAACAGUUUGAAGAAAUGGAGCAAGACACCUUGAUCACACUGAAUAUUGAACGCUUAAUAGGUACCUAUGGACGUGUUACAGUGCAGUGGGUAGCCAAUGGGAGCAUUAGUGAUAUAUUUCCAACUUCAGGAGUGAUUACAUUUUCAGAAGGCCAAGCUUUGUCCACGAUCACCCUAACGGUCCUUUCAGAUGUCAUUCCUGAAGUUGCAGAGAGGGUGAUUAUUACUCUCACUCAGGUCAGCACUGUGGGUAUUCAAGAUCCCAGAAGAGGAGCCAUCAUUGACCCCAAAAGAGGAAAAGCUGUACUUACCAUUUUGCCUAAUGACUCACCUCAUGGCAUAGUAGGAUGGCACAUGGACUCUCUGUCUGUAAAAGUAGCAGAGCCUGAAGAGAAAUCAACAAUUGUCACAUUACAUAUUCUCCGAGAACAAGGAUUUGUUGGUGAUAUCAGUGUGCAGUUGAUACCCAAGCCUAUUUUUUCACUCCCUUUUGUCAAUCAAGCCAUGGAAAAUGAGGAUUAUAGGUUAGAAAGUAAAACUGUUAUUGUGGCAGCGAACACGACUAUGGCUUCUGUCACUUUAGCCAUUCUGCCGGAUGUAAGUGGAACAGUGAUUGGUUAUGAGGUUCCUCCACCAGAGAAUGUUCUUAAGUUACCAGUUGUUCGAAAGGCAGGAAAGUUCGGAUCCAUACAAUUGCAUUGGGAAGCCACACUUGCCACUGCCAGCCUGGAUGACUUUAUGCCAUCAUUCGGGAACCUUACAUUUACAGAUGGACAAGAGACAGGAAUUAUAGAGAUCACCAUAAUAGAUGAUGACAUUGUUGAAUUUAUAGAAACGUUCAGUGUCACCUUACUUGGAGUGACAGGUGGUGCCAGACUAGGAGAUGACGUGUUGAUGGCUGUCACUAUUCCACCCAAUGACUCUCCAGUUGGAGUAUUUGGGUUUAAAGAAAAGUUUGUAACAGUGAAGGAGCCCCAGUUAACUGGUGAUCCUGCUGCAAGUGCAUUUCUUACUGUAAGUCGGAGUCAAGGGGGCCAGGGAGAAGUUCGGCUUAUUUGGAUUCUUGAAGAAGCAGCAAAAUAUGAUCUCACUCCCCUCAAUGGAACUCUUCUUUUUGCUGAGAUGGAAUUAGAGAAAACUAUACAUUUGCAGGCAAUUCAAGAUGGUCUACUGGAAGCCGAUGAAAGUUAUAAUACUCAGCUUUUAUCUGUUGAUGGCACAGAGAUAUCACCUAUCAGUGGUAUAGCAACCAUUACUAUAUUGGGAGAUCGGGGAGCUUCUGGAAUUGUUGGCAUUGCUUCGUCAUCUACUCAUAUCCUAAUUGGAGAACCAAUAGGAAGGUAUAACGGAACUGCUUUUAUUGGCUUAGUACGUGGGCCAGGGAUUUUUGGAGAAGUCACAGUUUCUUGGAAUAUAACUCCCCCUCAUCAGAAGGAAUUUGCUGAGAUAUCAGGGACAUUGACUAUGAGAGACAGGCAGUCUGCUGCGGUUGUACUAAUACAGGCUUUAGAUGAUAGCCUCCCUGAGGAGAAGCAUCAAUACCAGUUUCACCUCACUGGUAUCAGCAAUGAAGGAAUCAUAAAUGAGUCUGCCAGGACAGCAGAUAUCACACUGGCUGCUAGUGACUUGCCCCAUGGGUGCUUUGCAUUUUCCCAGGAACUACUGCAGAUAGCAGAAGAGGAAAAAUGGGCUAACAUCACAGUUGUCCGUUCAUAUGGACAUUAUGGGGAGAUUCGUAUCUGGUAUCAGGUGUUGAAUGGAACUGCAGUGGAAGGCAUAGAUUUUGCUGUCAUGUUGGGAGAGCUUACAUUUGAACCCAAUGAAACUAUGAAAACCCUUUUUACUGAAAUUCAUGAUGAUGACAUUCCUGAAGGCCCUGAAGACUUUUCAAUAGAAAUUACUCAAGUGGAACUACUGGGAAGUGGAUUUGAUUUUACGAUAAAAGAGCACGGACUGCAGAUUGAUCAGCCCCCUGAGAUAGGAAAUUCCUCAGUAGUGAGAAUCAUUAUAUCAAAAAGUGACAAUGCAGAAGGAAUCCUUGAAUUUGAUCCACUCUACACAAGCCUGCAAGUGGAAGAGGAUGUUGGGUUGAUAAUGAUUCCAGUAUUGCGAAGACGUGGGAAUUAUGGUUAUGUGACUGCAGAUUACGUAUCUAGAAGUGUUUCAGCUCUUCCUGAUGGUGUUGACUAUCAUAUUACAAAUAACUCAAUCACUUUUUAUCAUGGCCAAAACCAGAGUUUUAUCAAUGUUUUAAUCAUCAAUGAUGAUGAAAGGGAAUAUGAUGAACAGUUUGAAAUCCAUCUGGUAGGAGCCAGUGGAGGAGCAGUCCUUGGGCUCCACCUAGUGAGCCAAAUAACCAUCACUAAGAGUGACUCUCCACAUGGGACUGUCAGAUUCCUCAACCACAGCCGAAUAAUUCUUCCCAAUCCUAAUGUGUCAUUGACGCUGUCCUUGGUGCUGGAAAGAACUGGAGGAUUGGUAGGAGAUACUCAGGUUAAUUGGGACAUUUUAGGACCCAAUUCAGAGGUAGUUCUGCCUGCCUUAAACAGUGACAUUGGUGACCCAGUGAAUGGAUCUUUCUAUUUUGAAGAAGGAGAAGAAGGUCUGAGAAGCAUCAACUUGGAAAUUUAUCCUCCUGAAGAUGUUGAAGUUCAGGAGACCUAUAUUAUUAGGCUGAAUGUUGUAAAGGGAGAAACGGAACUAGAUCCCAAGGCUGCCAGCAUUACACUAAUUAUUCAAAAAUUUGGUGAUCCCAAUGGGAUUGUGCAGUUCACUCCAGAAUCGUUAUCCCCAAAAUACUACCAAGAGCCAUCAGAAUCAGAAGGACCGCUGAACAUUGUGCUUUUCGUAAUGCGAAUUCAAGGCACUACAGGGAACAUCACGGUUCACUGGGAACUGAGUAGUGAUUCUGAUACUACAAAUGAUUUCCUCAUAACCAGCAGCUCUGUCAUCAUUCUUGAUCAGCAGAGGACAACUGAAAUUGUUAUUCCCUUAUUGCCUGAUGAUGUUCCUGAAAUAGAUGAGGAUUAUGUGGUACGGCUGACUUCAGUGGAAGGAGGAGCUGAUGUGGACUGGGAGAAAAGUACUUCUAGAUUCACUGUUUUUGCAAAUGAUGAACCCCAUGGAGUAUUUGCCUUGUAUUCUGAAAAGCAGUCAGUAGUGGUAGAGGAAGACCUGAGCCGACACAUCCAGAUUAAUGUAACACGGCAUGCCGGGACCUUGUCAGAUGUGAUUGUAGAGUAUCAGAUCUCAUCUUCCAGUCAAGAACAGCUAAUCACCCCUAUCAAUACAGUAGGACAUUUGCUAGUUAAAGAAGGUUCCAGUUAUGGAGUGAAGACAGUGCCAAUACAUCCCCAGGUAUUUCUCUUCCUGGGUUUGAAUUUCACUCUGGAAUUGAACAACGUAAGCCUAUUUAAUGGCCAUGCCAAUAUUGUGCCUAAAAUACUAGAGACAGCAAUUUCAGUCUCUCUUCCAGUUCCCAAGGAAGCUGCCAAUUCUCAGGUUGCCUUCGAUUCUCUUCUGUUACGAGUUAGAAAUAUCACAACAGGCCUAACUCAAGCUCUGAUAACUCGGGAAGGAGUAUAUGGCUCGAUCACAGUAAUUUGGACUUCUGGAUAUCCACUUGGCGCUGUUCCGGAGUUCCUUCGUCCAGGCAACAUUACACCAGCAUCUGGCACUGUUACCUUUUCUCAUGGUGAACCAAGCAGAGCAAUUGUAUUUCAUGUUACUCCAAACCCAAGUAGUCCAGAGGCAUUUGCUGUGCAUCUGUCAGAAAUGCAUAGCAAUGUAUCUGGUGGAGUUCGGCUGAGAUCAGGCUUCACCAUUGCUGAAAUUGAGCCAAUGGGAAUCUUUCAAUUUGCUCCUAACUCAAGGCAUAUUUCAGUGCAGGAAGAUGUUCAAGUGGUCAGAUUAUAUGUACAAAGACUGCUUGGUUACCAAAGCAAUUUCACCAAAGUGUUGUAUCAGACAACUGCAGGAAGUGCCAAACCACCAGAAGACUUUGAAUCUGUUCAUAAUGGAGAACUUGUUUUUGGACUCUUUCAAACUGAAGCUGUGUUUGAAAUCUUGAUAAUUGAUGACAGCAUAUCAGAACAAGAUGAAAUGUUUUUCGUGAACUUAACAUCUGUGGAAGUUUUAGCUACUCAGGAACUUGACUUAACAUGGAAUCCACGUUUGAAUCCAGAAUUUAGUGUUGCAUCAGUUAUCCUAUUGGGCAACGAUAUCCAUCAUGGAAUCUUGAGCAUUGGACCAGCUGUUAUUAACACUGAAGAAGAUGCCAAUAACAGUAUACCAAACUCAGUUCUGAUCCAUAUCAAAAGGACUCAGGGGUUUGUUGGCAAUGUCUCAGUAGCCAUUAAAACAUUAGGUGGAAUAAAUGCUCAAAGUGGGAUAGGUACAUCACCUUUUGAGACCGUUUCUUGGGUUUCCAACUUGACCUGGGCAAUUGAAGGGGUGGAUUUUGAAGAGCUGGCUUUGUCUGUGAUGUUGCUGGAUGGGGAAGGAGAAAGCCGAGUGUCUGUCAGAAUUCUUGAUGAUGAUGAGCCUGAAGGACAGGAAUUCUUUUAUGUUAUCCUCUCCAACCCUGAAGGUGGAGCUGUGAUUAUGGAAGGCAAUGAUGAGUAUGGGUUUGCAGGUUUUGCAACUAUAGUUAUCAAAGGAAAUGAUCUUCAGAAUGGCAUUCUGGGAUUUACGGGAGAGGCACAGAGUGGCCUUGUGCUUGAUGAAGAUUCUGAGAAGAGGGAGGUGCAGCUCAUUGUCUCCAGGCAACCAAACAGGGCUUUUGAAGAUGUGAAAAUCUCGUGGCGUGUUACUUUUAAUGAAACAUCAGUUAUCCUGCAGAAGGAUGGUGUCAAUCUAGCAAACGAGCUGGUGGCUGUCUUAGGAGUUACUAUCUGUAAUGCCGGUCAAACAAAAUGCACCAUCUCUAUUGAGAUAAAGCCUGAUAAUGUACCUGAAUUUGAGACCUCUUUUUUUGUGGAGCUUUAUGAUGUGAGUGCAGGAGCGGCAUUAAAUGAUAGCUCCCGAUUUGCCUACAUAUUCAUUCCAGAAAGUGACUCUCCUCGAGGCCUGAUAUACUUUGCUGUGGGCUCUCGUCUGGCUGUGGCCCAUAAGAAAACCACUUUAAUUAGUCUCCAGGUGGUUAGAGAUUCUAGCACAGCCCUUUCCAUCUCCUUUGGCUACACAACUCAGGAGCUUACCAGACCUGAAGCUGUUGGUCGUAUAACCAUAUCACCAGCCAUUUCUGGGCAAGAUUUUACCAGAUCCGAGGGAACAUUGCUCUUUGAACCUGGACAGAGAACUACCAUUCUUGAUAUAAUACUCACUCCAGAGACUGGAUCCUUAAAUCCAUUUCCUAAACGCUUCCAAGUUGUGCUUUUCAAUCCUACUGGAGGUGCCAGAGUUGAUGACAUCUAUGGCAUUGCCAACAUCACCAUUGUGUCCGAUUCAAACUCCCAAGCAGUCUGGGGGCUGGCUGAUCAGCUUUACCAACCAAUUGAUGACACCAUUUUGAACAGAGUCCUCCAGUUGUUAAAUGUCAAAGUAGUCUUAGAAAGUACGGAAGAGCAGCUUGCUGCUGUGAUGUACAUAAUCGACAAGGUAAUAUCUGAGGUGGAGAAGCAUCCACUCACUGAUACAAACCGAAAUCUUUUGUAUGAGAUCCUUUGUGCACUUAUUAAUCCCAAACGCAAGGAUACCCGGGGUUACAGCUUCCUUGCUGAUAUUACUGAGAAAUUUGCCUUUUCUCUCCCUGUUGGAGAAAUGUGUGGAUCACUGGGUGAAAGAGGCAAAACUAUCCUUGACCAUUGCCCUUACAUCAUUAUCAUGGCCCAUUCCUGGUAUCCACAGCAAAUCAAUGGACACAUAUUUUAUGGGAAAGAUGGUGAUUUUAUCAGAAUACCUGAACGCUUAUUAGAGAUUCCUGAUUCACCUCACUCAAAAGAUGAAACCUGUUGGUUUAUUCAGUUCACUGAGUAUAGCAACCAGCAAUGGUUUGUCACUGGUGAUAAAGGAACUGCCCUAAAAAACAAGAUUCUUUCCUUGAGUGUAAAAGGCUUGAGUCCACUUCUGCUGAAAGAUAACAAUAAUGUUAUCUAUCGAAUUCAUUCUCCAGACAGCCGAAUAGUUCCUCAUAAAUCUUUGUGUCUCCUUUGGAAUCAGGCUGCUGAAAGCUGGUUAACCGAUAGUCAGUUCUGUAAAGUCGUAGACGAAUCCUCAAAUUAUGUGGAAUGCUCUUGUUCCCACCUCUCUCUGUAUGCAGCCUAUGCCCAGACAGACACCUUGUCCUCUUACAAUGAAGCUUUUUUCUCAUCUGGUUUCAUCUGUAUUUCUGGCUUAAUCUUGGUCAUUUUUGCACACCUUUUCUGUACCAGGUCUUCAAUGUUUGCAGCUAAACUUCUUACUCAUAUGAUGGCUGCCUGCUUGGGUACUCAGAUCUCAUUUCUGGCCUCAGCUUAUACAAGUCAGCAACUCUCAGAGGAAAGCUGCUCAGCUUUGGGCGCAGUCACCCACUACCUCUAUCUUUGCCAGUUCAGCUGGAUGCUUAUUCAGGCUGUUAAUUUCUGGUACGUCCUGGUGAUGAAUGAUGAACACACAGAGCGGCGCUAUCUCAUGUUCUUCCUUCUGGGUUGGGGUCUUCCAGCUUUUGUUGUGAUUCUGCUUUUAAUUAUCCUUCGAGGAAUCUAUCAUCACAGCGUGUCACAGAUUUAUGGCCUGAUCCACAAUGAUCUGUGCUUUAUUCCGAAUAUUUAUGCAGCUCUUUUCUCUGCUGUAUUGGCACCACUAAUGUGCUUGGUAGUGGUAUUUGUGGUGUUCAUCCAUGCAUAUCAGGUGACACCCCAGUGGAAAGCUUAUGACGACAUAUUCCGAGGAAGAACUAAUGCAGCAGAGAUCCCCCUGAUUUUAUACCUCUUUGGCCUCAUUUCCAUUACAUGGUUCUGGGGAGGACUGCACAUGGCUUACAGGCAUCUAUGGAUAUUGGUCUUCUUUGUCAUUUUCAACUGCCUGCAGGGCCUUUAUGUUUUCGUGGUGUAUUUUAUUCUACACAACCAGCUGUGCUGCCCUGUAAAAGCAAGUUACACAGUCGAGAUGAAUGGGCAUACAAGUCCCGGCUCUGCGUUUUUCACCCAUGGCAGUGGCAUGCCCCCAGCAGGAGGAGAGAUCAGCAAAUCUACUCAGAACCUUAUCAGUGCUAUGGAAGAGAUGCCAGCUGACUGGGAGAGAGCAUCAUUGAGGCCACCCAGUCAGGCCAGUGCUGUCUUCAAGCAGAGCCCACAGAAUGGCAGCGCUUUCACAGCUCCUGGAGGGUUCAGCAACAGCUCCUUGGUGGCUGAUGAAGAAUCACAAGAAUUUGAUGAUCUAAUAUUUGCUUUAAAAACUGGUGCAGGCCUCACUCUCAGCGAUACCGACUCCUGCCAUGGCAGCCAGGAUGGGGGCAGCAUGGUUACCUCCCAGAUCGUAGAGCUUAGAAGAAUACCCAUAGCAGACACUCAUCUCUAGUCAUUCCAACUUUUAAAAAAGUUCAGCCCCCUCCCCCACCCCUGGUUUUUAUAUCUGUAUUUUCUUUUGCAGUAAAAGCACUAUAUGCAGCUGUGUAGCAGAAUGCUGUGUACUGUAACUGGACAAUUAACAAGAAGGAAUAUUUUUUGGUAAAUGUAACUCCUUACAGUGGACUCAGAUUUGA